AUGGCUGGUGCUCCCACUCCCGCAAUUGACGACGUCAAUAACCUUCCUUCAAUCGAGGUCGACGACUCUCAGAGCGAUGACGAAGUUUACCAAGAAAACCUUUCGGCCUAUACGGCUUCCCUGACUUCAUCCGUCCUAGAUUAUCGAUUUGAAAAUAACAGACGGUAUCAUGGAUUCCGCGAUGGCAAAUAUCUCGGGCCAAACGAUGAUAAAGAAGCGGAUCGACUGGACACGAUCCACGAACUGAUGCUGGAGACAUUCAACCGAAAAUUGUUUUUCGCGCCUAUUGGAACAUCCCCACAACAAGUUCUGGAUAUUGGAACUGGAACAGGUAUUUGGGCAGUUGACUUUGCCGAAAAAUUUCCCGACGCAGAGGUGACCGGUAACGACCUGAGUCCAAUUCAACCCACUUUCGUUCCGUCCAACGUCAAAUUCGUUGUCGAGGAUUUCGAAGAUGACUGGAUUGAGGAGUCGAAAUACGACUUCAUCCAUGGCCGCUACCUAGCUGGCUCUGUUCAGGAUUUUCCUAGACUCCUGAAACAAGCGUUCAAUGCCACCAAACCAGGAGGAUGGAUCGAAAUGCAGGAUUGGGAUGUAUACGGCUAUUCAGAGGACGGCUCCGCUAAGGGCACCACAAUCGAGCGAUACUUCAAAGUUCUUGGUGAUGCUUUCGGAAAAGCUGGUCGUGUCUUCAGCCCAGGUCCCUUGUUGGAAAAUUGGUUGGUGGAGGCCGGUUUUGUUGACGUGAAAGUCACGAAGUUCAAGAUUCCAAUGGGUGCCUGGCCAAAGGAUAAGUACUUUAAAACCCUUGGUGUGUGGAACAUGCUCCAAGCCCAAACCGGAUUCGAAGCCAGUGCUCUCGCCGUUUUGACAAGAUACGAAAAUUGGUCCACCGCAGAGAUCAAAACCCUUGUUGACCAGGCUUUGAAGGAUGUGAAGAAUCCGAAGAUUCACUUUUUGUUUGACUUGUAUGUUCAGGCGCAUCAAUUUGCCCAUCAUAACGUUAAAUCUGUGAACUAA